GUCAAGAGACAGCUUUCGAUUCGUGCAUUAUAUCCGAUUCUAUCUUUAUCUAUCUUACUAACUCCUGUACAAACAAUUAUUUAUCUUAUUCCUUUUAAUUAAAGGGAAAAAAUUAUUUGUACAAAAAGAAAAUACGUAAAAUUAAAAGAUUUAAUUAUUUUUUUCUUCUCUUCUAUCUAUUUCGCAAAUAUAAACAAGUAUUCCCAUAAAAGGAAAAAAUAUUUCAACCACCUCAAAUAUGACGGCUUCUACAAGUCCAACAAAAACUUCCCCACAUCCACUAGCCAUAGCAAUAUCUGUUCUAACGCAUCUUCUUCUAUUGACCCCCGUAAUAUAUAUCGUCGUGCUAUCAGUUAAUACUUACAAUACUUUUUCAUGGCAUCCAAUAUUAACAACGGUUGGGAUCGGCCUGCUGAUGCUGGAAGCAAUUUACUGCGUAUCGGGUGAGGCAUACGUUUCUUCAAAAUUGACACGAAAGAAUCGAAUAUUGAUUCACUGGGUUCUACAAAGUUUAGGAUUUGUUUUAACGUUAGCAGGGGUGCUCGUAAUAAUUAUAAUGAAGGGUAAUCGUUCGCACUUUACAUCUGUACACGGAAAACUAGGAUUAGCAGCAAUGAUAUUAUUUGCUAUACUGAUGAUCAGUGGUAUAUUCGCGGAUAAUACGAAAUGGUUUUAUCCACGUAUACGACCAAUAAACAUUAAGAUCUUUCACAUUGUUGGUGGUAUUUUAGUAACUUUAGUUUUAUUAGCUGCAUUGAUCAAUGGUACAUACACACGUUGGUGGCCCGAUACCAAAUUAGGAAGAGAUUUAACAUUUGCAUCGUUCGUAAUCGGUACAGCAUUUACUAUGAUCAAACCAACAUUGGGUGCAGUGUCCAAAUGCAAAUUUAUGUUUCGCAAAUCUACGACAAAUACGUGAAUAUUGUUUAGUAUAUUUGGAAUUGGUGUUUAACUGGUUAAAUUAUUGUUUUUAAGUUAAAUCUGUUUUUUAUGAUCAAUUACGCGCGUUAUCACGGAUUACAUUUAAACGUAUACGCGCAUAUGUGAGAAUAUGUGUAAGAUAGUUGCAAUACUAUUCCGUCUCACAAAAACAAAAAAUAUAAUCUAUGUUUUAUAAUUUCGUAAUGCAUGCGGAUCGUUAUCAUGGAUUAAUAUCGUUGGGUAAUUGAACCAUAUGCCAAAUGUGUCAGUAACAUGAUUUGUUGAUCCGGUGAUAAGAUAAAUGAGAAUAUAUGAGAGUUAGGGAAUUUUUAGUAAUUACAAAUAUGUACAACGUUCAAAGUUAUAUUAUAAUACCCUCUGACGAAAGAUAUAUUUUUAUAUAUAUAUAGACAUAUACAUAUAUUUGUUUAAAAAAUUCAAUUUAAUGAGUGAUGUAGAUCAAACAACAUUCACGUUUUAUUUGCAUAUAAAUAUAAGUAUAUUAUAUAUAUAUAUCUGGAUUUUUGUUUAUAAUGAACAUCAUUAAAUUUAUGUAAGAAAAAAAAAGAAAAGAAAAUAAAUAAACCAUUGUUAAUUAAAUCAA